GCUCUUCCGCCUGCCUCACCGCUUAUAUGAGUGCUCAGCAUAGCGAAGCUGGCAUGAGGUGAACUUGUGCCGCACCUUUUGCUUGCUUUGGCUAGACUUCGGAUUGUUAUCCAGCAGCGAUUCAAGUGCUAGCUUCAGCCAUGUAUCUCAUGUGCUACACUAACGAGAAUGGCGACAAGGUGUACACUCUGAAGAAAGAAACGCCUGUGGGAGAGGCAACUCACUCAGCUCACCCAGCACGUUUCUCACCAGAUGAUAAGUUCUCAAAACAUCGGAUCAUUUGCAAGAAGAGGUUCAACUUGUUGCCCACACAGCAGCCCCCUCACAACUACUAGACAGUAAUAGAUGAGAACCUGAUUGCAGGUUGUCUCAUGAUUAGAAUGGAGGGUCAGUUUUGUACAUAGACAUCGUGGCGAUUUCUUUGCGCUUGUUUUCCAAUGGACGGCAAAUGCUCCACAUUUAAAAUAAGAGAGCCCGUUAAAAGGAAUGACUUGUGCGGUUUAGCCUUGAACGUCUUAUCGGUUGGUGGUCUUUUGUCCUCUUGAGUUGAGUCCUUCACAGUAAAGAUGAUCGGGUGACAAUGAGAUUGCUGUAUCAGCUACUCUAUUGAUAACCAUUCUUGGUGAAGUAACAUAUCAUUUAAACCCCUGUUUUUUCACCUCUA